AUGCCUGCGGGCAAUUCCGCAGAUCCUGUCAUGGCCGGUUGCGGUUUGCCAAUUUCUCGGAUCGGCUAUGGCACCUACCGCAUCGGCUUGAAUAAUGCGGAGCAGGCAGAGUCAUUGCGGGAAGCUCUGCUGCACGGUAUCAACGUCAUCGACACUUCCGCCAACUAUGGUAAUGGCGAGGCAGAGGAAUGCAUUGGCCAGGUGGUAAGGGAGCUAAUGCAGGAAGGAAAACUUAAACGGGAGGAUAUUCUGCUUGUCAGCAAGGUAGGAUAUAUCCAAGGUCAGAACAUGGAUCGUUACCUAGCCGGCACCGUGCGCACCCCCGACACGGUGGAGGUCGCCUCCUAUCUCGGGCACUGCAUCCACCCAGCCUUUAUCCAAGACCAGCUCGGCCGGUCCUUGGCCCGCUUGGGAAUGCCCUCCUUGGACGUCUUCCUCCUCCACAACCCAGAGUAUUACCUGACCCACAACGUCCCGGCCCAAGCAGGUGCCAUCAGCGCCGAGGACCUCCAGACACACCGCGACGAAAUGGACCGGCGUCUCUUGGAGGCCUUUAAGGCGCUGGAAGGGGAGAUCGCCUCGGGACAGGGACGGAUUCGGAGCUACGGGAUCUCCUCCAACUCCUUCUCCUUGCCUCCCGAGCACCCGCACUUCCUCCGCUACGACCAUUUGGCCGCCAUGGCGAUGGAAGCGGCCAAGGCCGUGUCUCCAGAGGCCCAGGUUCACCAUUUUAGCACCAUCCAGCUCCCUGCCAAUUUGCUCGAACAGGAGGGGCUCCACCGUGCGGUGCAGUGGGCGGCGCGCACGUCUUUAACGGUCCUGAUUAACCGGCCGUUGAACGCCUUCGAUGACCGAAUGAGCCUCCGUCUUGCGGAGUACCCGGAUUCUCGUCCUGCGUACCACCACGCAAGGGAUGCCCUGCUCCAAUACAUCGACGCGCAAAAGACGGCUUUGUCGGGCCACGAAAAGGAUGGCUACACUCUGUUCCAAGAGGAAGUGGAAGGGAUCGACGCCGCGUUGGCCCAGAAAGACCUCCAUAGUGUCCUUGCUUGGGAAGGCAUCUCCUCCCGGAUGGUCAUGCCCAUGCUUCGGCGCGGCCUGGAGGCGACGGCUCGGCCCGACAAGACCUUCGACGCGGAAGGCAUGAGGCUGGCGCAGGAAUACUUGCGUGCCUGUGAGCGCCUUGUCAGCUAUUUGAGCGGAAUCCACGCCCGGGAAGAAAUUGAAAAAACAUUAGGUUUUGGUCCCAUCCCUGCGGAAAAAUCGUUGCAGGAAUUUGCCAUCGAAUUUCUCCUGGAGCAUGCUGGGGUCAGCACGGUCCUGCUGGGCUGUCGAAAUACGCGUUAUGUACGAGACGCCAUCAAAAUCAACGACAAGCACCCCUCCGUGCAUCGCUUCUUACCGCGGUGA